AUGUUGGUGGACGGUGGGGCCGGGUUGAAUCUGAUUUCCCCGGCAGUCAUCAGCAAACUUCAAAUAGCAGAAGAUGAGUUGAAGACCACCGACAUGUUUCAAGGAGUUAAUCCCGGCAGGAGUCAUUCUAAGGGAAAGAUUACAUUGUCGGUGACAUUUGCGGGAGAGCUGAACUACCAGACUGAGAAGAUUGUGUUUGAUGUGGUUGACCUCCCGCUGCCAUACAAUGAGAUUCUUGGACGCCCAGCCCUAGCUAAAUUCAUGGUGGCAUCCCACUAUGCCUACAACACUUUGAAGAUGCAUGGUCCUGUGGGAGUCAUUACCAUCCCAUCAGAUGAGAAGGAUGCAAUCAUUUGCAUGGACAAGAUGUAUUGGGACGCAGUCGCGGCAGAUGCAGCGGCAGUAGCAGUUCCUGCCAAGGAGGACAGAGGAAAGAAGAAAGGUAUCUAG